AGCUAGAGCCUAGAGCUCCCUUACCCAACACCACAUGUGCCUUCGCCUCACCUUGCCUCUUCCUACCACCGAUGAGCUCGCAGGAGCACUCUUAGGUCAGCCGAGCCAAGUCGUCGUGGUUCCCCUCCCAUUUCUCGGGUCCCUCUCAUCCCACUGCGUUGUUUGCCUUGUAGGUUGCCACCACUACAAGCCGCGAUUGGAUGCCCACGCACUACUUCCGAUCGCUUGCCCGUCCAAUGCAUGGACAAGCAGUCGUCUCGGCAGCCCCUUCACCCGUCAACCUCCUCUGCGCCAUCGAAUCUCGCUUCAGUCCGCCGGCUGCAAGAAGCAACACCGCCGCAGGCAAGCUCGAAGGAGAUGGCCAUGGUGCUUCCCCAUGAAGCUUCUCCGCCGGUCACCUUUGGCUAGUCUCCGACUAUAUAGGGCCUCCACGGCGACGGACCAACGUCGUACAACCUAUUCCUGGCCUGCCAAUCGUCACCUGCAACAUCCGGCCGCCUAUGCUUCGUCCAUGGCCGCCCAUGGAACUCGGAGUCCCACCACCGUCGGCCUAUGCAGGGCGCCUCCACCCCAACUUUGUCGGGAUCCGCCCCUUCCCGACCUCGUCCUCUACCACUCAUGCCAGCAGCAAGCUCUGUUUUGUUUGCAAUUUCGCUAGUUAAUCGCUAGCGUAUGCUACAUAUGAAGUAAAUAUCAAGCUUUUGUCGCCAUUCAAUUCGUAGCCCAUUGGUCGCAUGUUGCACGCAUCCGGUAGUUGCCGGGUUCGAGUCCCGUGCGACCCAUUUUUCUGCCAUAUAUUUUUUUGCACACGCU